UCCCCCUCUCAGUUUCUCUCUCACACACAGCUCUCUCUCUCUCUCUCUCCUUCUCUCCCUCUCUCAAAUACUCCCCAUGCCCAUCGCCGUCCUCCUUUGAAGAAGCCAAUGGCCAGCAAUGGCAUGGCGUCCUCUCCCUCCGCCUUCUUCCCUCCGAAUUUCCUCCUCCACAUGCAGCAAGCACCACCGCAGCAUGACCCCCAAGAACACCACCAGCAGCACCACCACCACCACCAUGAGCACCACCUCCCUCCUCCCCAUCCCCAGCACAACCCCUUCCUCCCCUCCCCCCAAUGCCCCUCCCUCCAGGACUUCCGUGGCGGUAGGCACAUCCAUAACUUCAUGCCUUGUCUGUCGCCAAUGCUGGGGAAGCGCCCGGCGAUGUACGGGGGCGGCGGCGACGGGGGCUGCGGCGGCGACGAGGUGACCGGCGGAGGCGCGAACGAGGAGGAGACGUCGGACGACGGGUCGCAGCUGGGCGGCGAGAAGAAGCGGCGGCUGAACGUGGAGCAGGUGCGGACGCUGGAGAAGAACUUCGAGGUGGCCAACAAGCUGGAGCCGGAGCGCAAGAUGCAGCUGGCCCGCGCGCUGGGGCUGCAGCCGCGGCAGGUGGCCAUCUGGUUCCAGAACCGCCGCGCCCGGUGGAAGACAAAGCAGCUGGAGAAGGACUACGACGUGCUCAAGCGCCAGUUCGACGCCGUCAAGGCCGAGAACGACGCCCUCCUCUCCCACAACAAGAAGCUCCAGUCCGAGAUACUGGGACUGAAGGGAUGCAGGGAGGCGGCGUCGGAGCUGAUCAACCUCAACAAGGAGACGGAGGCGUCCUGCAGCAACCGCAGCGAGAACAGCUCCGAGAUCAACCUCGACAUCUCGCGCACGCCGCCGUCCGACGGCCCCAUGGACGCUCCGCCCUCGCACCAGCAGGGCGGCGGGGGCGGGGGCAUGAUCCCCUUCUACCCCUCCGUCGCGCGCCCCGCGGGCGUCGACAUCGACCAUCUCCUCCACGCCUCCGUCCCCAAGAUGGAGCACCACCACGGCGGCCCCGACACGCCCAGCUUCGGCAACCUGCUGUGCGGCGUCGACGAGCCGCCGCCGUUCUGGCCGUGGGCGGAUCACCAGCAGUUCAACUGAUCGCCCGGUCGGUCGAUCGGGACGAUAUAUAUCUUUGUUGCAGUCAAUGACGUCUGCUUUGCUUGCAUGGUCAGCAAUGAGCGUGCAUAAAUAUUCGAUGCGUUUGGAUUCUUGAUGAGGACGUACGUACGGUGGAGACGGUUGUACAUGCAUGUUUGAUGAGAGGCAAGUUCAGUUCAUCCAUGAGGUACCUACUGAAGACGAUGAUGAUGCGAUUUGAGUCAUGGAUCGAUCGAGUUGAUGAUGAAUAGUGGGGCUACGUGUAGGGGAAUAAGUCCGGUGUGUGUGAAGCGUGUGUAGGUAGAUUUUGGAGUUGAAUAGUACCUACCUUUGGUAUUCUUAUUAUUUUUUCUUGUUUUUUCAUUUUUCCUCUUCCUUUUGUUCCCAUACAUAAAUUUGUGAAUUGUGAGGCGGUGUUGAUCCGUUGUUGUAUAGGUUAAUGGUGCAUGUGGUGCUUAUUCCCCCUAUUUAUAUAUGGAUUAUGUGAAGACUGUGACAUACUUAGUGUGUGGUUGCAUCACUUGCCCGAGAGGCCGAGAUUAA